AUGGUACUCUGCCAACUCUUCGUCCAACCCGAGGCGGCAUACAUAUCUAUGUACGAGCUCGGGGAAGCUGGCAUCGCACAAUUCAGAGACUUAAACCCCCACGUGAACGAUUUCCAGCGACGUUAUGUGUCAGAAGUGCGACGCUGCAGUGAGAUGGAACGGAAGCUGCGGUAUGUGGGCAGUGAGCUGCCCGAGCCACCACCUCCGCCUAAACCCUCCCCUACUGUGCUCAGUCCGAGAGAGAUCAACAUACUAGAGGAAAGGAUAGACUACAUAGAAUCCGAAAUCCAGGAGAUCACACGCAACGCACAAAACUUGAAGAAUGAUUACGUCUCGCUUAAGGAGCUCAAACUGUUAAUCGAGAAGACCCAAACCUUCUUUCAAGACCACAGCCACCAUAGAAAGAUCUCUGCAUCAGUACAGGUGUACAACAAUGAAGGAGUGCUAGGACAUCUUGGGUUUAUAGCUGGAGUCGUAGCUACUCCCAGGGUGCCGUCGUUCGAGAGAAUGUUAUGGAGGAUAUCCCAUGGAAAUAUCUUUUUUAAGCAGGCACAAAUCGACGAACCACUAAAGGAUCCUAUCACUGGGCACGAGCUUCAAAAGACAGUCUUUGUGGUAUUCUUCCACGGGGAGCAAAUCAAAUUGAGAGUCAAGAAGGUGUGCCAUGGUUUCCAGGCUACACUGUACCCUUGCCCAGCUACGUAUAAAGAGCAGCAGGAGAUGUUGGCUGGCGUGGAGAACAGAAUUAAGGAUAUGGAGAUAGUUUUAGAACAAACAGAGCAGCACAGGCGUCUAGUUCUUGCGAACAUCGCAAGGGACAUUAGCACGUGGAUGGUGGUGGUACGGAGAGAGAAGGCUAUUUACCACACUCUUAACAUGUUCAGCAUGGACAUCGUGAAGAAGUGUCUCAUAGCGGAAUGCUGGGUGCCGAAAUGCGACCUACCUAUACUACAAAAGGCGCUGGAUAACGGAGUGAAGCAGAGCGGCAGUCCGAUCCCAUCUUUCUUACACCACGUACCGACGCGCGAGAUACCACCCACGUUCAACCGCGUCAACAAGUUCACUUGCGGCUUCCAGAAUCUCAUCGACUCAUACGGCAUUGCCAGCUACAGAGAAGUCAAUCCAGCUUUGUACACCAUAGUCACAUUCCCCUUCCUCUUCGCCGUGAUGUUCGGAGACAUUGGACACGGCAUCAUAAUGACCGCUUUCGCUGCUAUCGUAAUCAUAUUGGAGAAGAGUCUUGCUAAAAAGAAAACUGACAACGAAAUCUGGAACAUUUUCUUCGGAGGCCGCUACAUUAUAUUACUAAUGGGAAUAUUUUCUAUAUAUACUGGAUUGAUAUAUAACGACAUAUUCUCGAAGUCCUUGAACAUAUUCGGUAGCGGCUGGAGGAAUGUAUAUGACAAUGAAACGCUGAUGAGGCACAAAACGCUCGAACUGGAUCCGGCGACCGCUUACACUCAAACGCCCUAUCCUUUUGGACUUGAUCCAGCUUGGCAGUUCGCGUCGAACAACAUAAUAUUCCUAAACUCGUUCAAGAUGAAACUAUCAAUCAUAUUCGGAGUGAUUCAUAUGGCGUUCGGGGUAACAAUGAGUGUGGUAAACUUCAACUUCUUCAAGAAGAACUACAUGAUUUAUCUGCAAUACAUCCCACAGAUAUUAUUUCUGUUGCUGCUGUUCUGGUACUUGUGUAUACUCAUGUUCAUGAAGUGGACGAUGUACUCGGCCGUCGCAACUGAUCCAGCAUACGGCACCUCGUGCGCGCCAUCAGUGCUGAUCAUUUUCAUCAACAUGAUGCUGAUGAAGAAGUCUGAAGUGAAGCCGCCGUGUUCGCUUUACAUGUACGAAGGUCAGGAAGCGCUGCAGAGGUCAUUGCUGGCGGUCGCUUUCCUGUGCAUACCGAUUAUGUUGUUCGGCAAACCAGUGUACCAGAUGAUGGCGGAAAAGAAAAAGAAGAAAUAUCAGCAAGGCGUUGAAAGCGGCGAGGUGAAGGAAGCAGGUGCUCACGACGGCGGCAUGGGCGAGGUGCUGAUCACGCAGGCCAUUCAUACCAUCGAAUACGUGCUGGGCACCGUUUCACACACCGCCUCCUACCUGCGCCUGUGGGCGCUCUCCCUCGCGCACGCACAACUGUCGGCGGUGCUGUGGCAGCGCGUGCUGCGCGCGGGGCUGGGCGGCGCGGUGCCGGCGGGCUCGCUGAUGCUGUACGUGACCUUCGCCAUCUGGGCCUUCUUCACCAUCGCCAUCCUCGUGCUCAUGGAGGGCCUAUCCGCUUUCCUGCACACGCUGCGGCUGCACUGGGUGGAAUUCAUGAGCAAGUUCUACGAGGGGCAAGGCUACGCGUUCGUGCCGUUCUCGUUCGCGGCAAUACUGGAGAGCGAGGACGACGAGCUGGUGGCACAGAGCGGUGGUGCCGCGACCGAGUGA